AUGUUGAGGGGGAUGAAGCUGCUGGAGAUGUGUGUUGUGCUUGUGUGGUUGUCAUCAAUCUGUGUUCAUGUUGUGGCUGACACCCGAGAGAGUAUAAAACAGCUGAACUCGUAUCUUGAAACCCGCUUCAAUCCCGACGUUCCUCCCAUCGACCCACAGACCAAUGCCAUUGAAGUAGAUAUUAUGAUUGGGCCAGUGCAGGUUCAGGAUCUGGUUGAUGCUACCCAAGUACUUAAAUGCAGAGUGUUUGUGGUGAUGAGAUGGACGGACACAUCACUUGCCUGGAAUGCGUCGGACUACCCCAACGUUGAUCAGAUAGAAAUCGCUCCAUAUAAAGUUUGGUCUCCAAACGUAGCUUUGGUCAAUUCUGCCUCUGGUGAUGGUACUUUAUCGACACUGAUGCCCUUGAUGCUGUUAAUGAACGGAUCUCUGUUUUGGCAGAACAUAAUGACUGUCUCUACAAUAUGCAAAACCGAUCUAUCUAAAUAUCCAUUUGAUAACCAGACAUGUGACCUUACAUUUACAUCGACCUUCGGAUAUUCCAUUAUCCUACAUCCAUAUGUGGAUUCAAACACAUAUGGUUUAAAGAUAAAUGCUAACGGAGAGUGGGAAACUAUCAAUAUAACACGGUCGGUCUCUCCACAGGAUGAUCACCAACUACACCAACCUGCAACGUUUUUUAUCCAUCUGUCCAGAAAGCCUCUUUUCCAUAUUUUGAACUUCAUUUGUCCGACGUGCCUAGUCUCUUUCCUCAACAGCAUCGUGUUCCUGCUGCCAGCAGGCUCUGGAGAAAAGGUGGGCUACGUCAUGGCCGUCUUUGUGUCGAACGCUCUCUUCCUAAGUCUCAUCCACGACAUCAUGCCAUCAACCUCUGAUACUAUUUCUUACCUGUCCCUCUACCUCCUUGGGAUUCAACUCCAAGGCUUUCUCGGAAUUGUUGGCACAGUCGUGGUACAGAACGUAUACUGUCACCAGCAGAACGCCAAGGAGAAUGGAGCACACGUAGAACCAAAUCGAACACCUGCAAGAUUGAAGCCGACACAAGUUGUGCCUCUUGACUCGCCUGACACGGUGGAGGAUCUCAAAGAUCAGACCAGACAUCAGUAUUCAAGAACGAGGGCAUGCAUGAGACUCCGUAAUCUCCCACUGGACAGGGCUUUGGAUGGUAUUUUCUUCAUAUGCUCCUUUGGCUUUGCUUUGAUCAUCUUUCUCUUGCUAGUUGUAUAA